CCAUAACUGAGCCUCGAACGGAUUCAGCUUUGUCAAACCUGUAAGGGAAUCUUUCCAAAACGAUUCAGUAAUGGAUUUGUGUUUGUUUGAUGUGACGUUAGUGUAGUUUUUCCUACAGGCUUUAAGCCUGGAAUCCCCCGGCUACUGUGAGAGAUGCAUCACAUCAUUAGUUGUGAAACACGAUUAAUAGGAAACGCUUGCAGUGACUCUAAUUGAACAGUGCUGAAAUGUCAGGGGGCUCUGCUCUCCACCAAUCAAAUCAUCCACAUCCCCCUUGAUACUGGACACAUGGAACGGUGCCAUCCCUCUCAUCCUCAUCUCACAUCCACCUGGAGACACAUUCAACUGGCUUUCUGAAGCAGACAUCUUGUUAUAUCAGUGCUUAAACUCACAUUCAGAGAUAUUUUUCCUGUACAAAUGAGCAAUCCAAUUCAUCUUAAAAUGCGGCUGGAUCUCCUGGAGAUGGCAGACCUGCCUCACAGAUGCCAUGGCAACUUUCCCCAGAGGCGGGCCACCCAGUUGCCACGGGUAGCCAAGUGUAGAGUAGGCCUACAGCUGGGCCUUAAGGGCAUGUCAUCUGAGACUGGUUCAAAUUCGGCAACAGCAGCAGAGGAGCCAAGCCUCCCAGCAGAACACCCCUGCAGUGGAUUCUGUGAGAUGGAAAAGGAGUCAAACAGGUCUUGCAAUGGAAAGACCAGAACGAUCGCUCCUUCAUCUGAAAAACGACAUGGACGACCUGGAAAAGAUGUAGCAGCUUUAUUGAAGAGAAUAAGGAUUCACCCAGAGGCCCAAAGGAUUCUGGGUAAUUCCUGCAUAGCUGUAGUGAGCUUGGAGCGUCUGAACUUCCAGUCUGUGUCCUUAUCAUUUCUGCAGCCUGUGGUUUCUCUGGUACGACUGCCAUGCCAAACACAAGCCAAGCUCCUCAGUGAUGUCUCCAGCUUGGACCGUCCUCAACAGAAUGGAGUCACUCAAAAUGAGGCAAAGAUUUUGGAGAUGAGAGAAGUGUCACCUCAGUCUAAACCAGCAGAUUCGUCUGAUUUCAGCCAACCAGAAACCCCAACCUCCUGGACUGAACCGUACUGUCCUGAUAGCUCCCCCUCUGAAGAACCAGAGCAGGACUCAGGCUUUGACUGUGAAUCUAAUCCAGAUCAGCCGUAUAUCUUGUUUGAUUCUGGAUGUGAUGAAUGGGACCCGGAUGCCAAAACUGAUUCAGAGACAUUUUAUCUGGAUCCAGAUGUAGAGAUGGUUAUCCAACUGGAUCCAGAACCAGAAGCAGAACAGUAUCAAACCCUGGAGCUGGAGGAUGAAUCUGAAGCUAAAUGUGAAGUGGAUAUAGUUGAAUUGGACGACGAUGAGGAUCAAAGACCCGAUCUUUGCUGCUCACAGGAUGAGGUGGACUCUAUCCAGCAGCCUGAACCUGCAGCAAGGACUGAGGAGGUGGAGAGUGAAGAUUUCUGUGCUGUGUGUCUUAAUGGAGGAGAUCUGCUCUGCUGUGACUGCUGCCCUAAAGUUUACCACUUGGCCUGUCAUAUACCUCCUCUCAUCAGCUUCCCAAUAGGUGACUGGGUGUGUACGCUGUGCAGAACUGACCAGGAGCCUGUGGAGACCUACGACUGUGAGAACAUGCAGUCCUGUGGGGGAGUCAAAGCUCCCUACACACUGUCCAACCAGGACCAGAGGAGGUGUGAGAAGCUGACUCUGCUGUUGUACUGUCACCAACUCAGCGCUCCGUUCCAUGAGCCUGUCAGCCCUAUGGCCCGAAACUACUACCAGAUCAUCAAGAGGCCCAUCAACCUGUCAGUGAUCCGCAGGAAACUGGACAAGAGCAACACCCUCCACUACUUCACCGCGAGCAGUUUGUCGAUGACGUCCUGUUGAUGUUCAAGAACUGCGCUACGUUCAAUUACCCAGACUCAGAGGUGGCCCAGGCCGGUCGAAACCUGGAGGGGUUUUUCUUGAGCAAACUGAAGGAGAUAUUUCCUGACCGGACAUUCCCAUCGGCCAGCCAGGACAGAACAGACAGAGCUCGCCUGCAGUGGUUUAACAGGAAGAGGAAGGAAAACAACAGGAAGAAGAGAUACGUCUUUAGUGGGAAAAAAUAUUACAUGUAACUUUGUAAGUUUAAACAUGAGUUAUAUGCUAUUUGCCCUUAAGUCUUUUAAUUAAUGGAGAACGUGCUGAGGUGAAGCGCUUUAUUCCAAAAUCAAGAUGUUGAUUUUGAAAACGGUUACAAACAUUAUGUGCUGCGGGAUCUAAGCUGGUUGAAUCAUUUUCAUAUUUCAGGUAUUUUCACAGAAUUUCAGGAAGAAGUGAUACUGUUUUUUUUAUUUGGAAUGAAGUAGGAUUUCAUAUAGAUCUCAUGAAAUGUGAAUUGAACAUUUUCCUGGAGAGUAAAAUUGAAGAACCACGUUUGAAGAAGAUGAUUUUUUAAAGAGGUCAAUCUACUUCUUAAAUGUACUGUAUGUUUUAUUAAAUUUGUGACUUACAUUGUACUUCAGUUAACUCUUCUAAGCUUAAAUUAGGGCCUCAGGUUAUCCAGGUAUAUGUGGUAACAUAAGCAUGGAAAAAACCUCGCACCUGGUUGGUUCUCCACUUUUUCAUAAUAUACACAUUUUUCACUUGAUUAUUCAACAGAGUCCGGUGUAUUUUUUCCUUUAUUCGUUGUUACUAUUUCAGAGGGUUUGUAAAUGCUUAUAAAAUCAAACUACAUAACACUCAAAAUCCAUCAAUCAAUGACAAACAGAGAGAACAAGUACAAAGAAAAAAAUAUAGGCUAUAAUAUAACACAUAAUUUCCCAAUCAAUACUUUCUUUAGUCCCAGACCGUUUCAGACACUCUUAAGACCCAUUUUGUCUGGUUCGUUGGUACGUUCUUCCACUAAAUACAGAUGACAGUUAUGUUAUGAAGUUGUUGAACUCUAUGUGGACUGACCUUGAAUCUUAUGUUCAGAAUUUGCAUAAGAAGUUGAGAAAGUGCAGCUUUGAUUUGUUUAGGAAUUUUGCUAAACUGAAUUUGUAGUUUCUUAUUUUCUUAUUUUAAAUUCUGAUUUUAACAUGAAAUUUAAUUAUAAAUAAGAUCAAAUUCUAUACAUAAGAUACAAAUAAAGUUUAUAUCAGUCAAAUUCUGAUAGGUCAAACUGUAGCUGAAAGACAGAAAACAUAUGUAUGACACCAUAAUGUGAAGGCAGCGUUUACCAAUCACUAGGCUGGGAAAUGAACAAAAGCAAAUAAGGACAAAUAAUGCUCUUGUAAACAGGUUGAUCGUUUAUCUACUGUAUCUCAGGUAACUGCUGAAUGAAGGGGAACACAUUUUUGUAAUCUGCAAAAGUACAGUUUCUUUUAAAUUACAGUAAGAAAUGUGUCCCCCACACCUGCCUCCCUCAAAACAAAACACAUGUAACCUUGUGCAUAUUAUGAAGAAACAUGUUAGUAGUUACUUAAAUUCUUACUUACUUGCACUUAAAUUUUUUUUGGUUUGUAGUUGUUGGUCAAUGUGCUCCUCCAGGUUCCUGCUGUUGCUACACACAAUUCCCCCACCAGUGGGCGUGCUUGUGUCUAAGACCUUAUAUUGGAGCCAAAUAAAGGUUUGAAAUUACAG